AUGUCUUCUCAGCAACAGAAGCCCUUAAAGUGCCCACCCCAGCAGGCCCAGCAGCAGCAGGUGAAGCAGCCCUGCCAGCCAUCCCCAGUCAAAUGUGAGACCUGCUCACCUAAAACCAAGGAUCCAUGUGCUUCCCAGGCCAAGAAGUAAUGUCCACUCCAAAGCACAAUACGGCAGAAGCAUCCCUCAGCCCAGUAAGCUCCCAAGAGUAAACAGAAGUAA